AUGGUUUGUAUGGAUUACUGCAGGCUGGGGGGCUGGCGGCUGAUGCUCAUGGGGCUGAAGGUGAGCACCGACGCAUCAGAUAAAAGGGAGGAUAUGGGGGCCCCACCCGCUCCGGAAGCAACAUCUGCUGCUGCAACAGAACAACCUGCAGCUCAGGCCUUUGAUUUCGGUGAAAGAAGAAAGAAGAAGAAAGAAAAAAAACCAGAAGAUCAGGCUGAUGCUGCUGCUGCUGAGGGUUUUAUCGAUGGGUCUGGGCAGCUGUUUAUUCGCGGCCAUGUCUACAGCUAUGAAGAGAUGCUAAGCCGCAUACAGGAUUUAAUUGUGAAGAACAAUCCAGACCUCGCUGGUUCGAAGCGUUAUACAAUUAAACCUCCACAAGUUGUUCGUGUGGGGUCCAAGAAGGUCGCUUGGAUUAACUUUAAAGACAUUUGCGGCAUUAUGCACAGACCAAGUGAACACGUGCUCCAGUUCGUACUAGCUGAGCUCGGGACGGAGGGUUCCAUAGCAGGAGACGGCCAGUUGGUGUUGAAGGGGAAGUACGGACCCAAACAUAUCGAAGCUCUCCUACGCAAAUACAUCACUGAGUACGUCACCUGCCAGAUGUGCAAGUCCCCCAACACAUCUAUGACGAGAGAUUCUCGCACGCGUCUGUGGCAUCAGAGUUGCAGUGCAUGCGGCGCUAACCGCUCUGUUACGACAAUUAAAAGCGGGUUUCAUGCUGUGGGGAAGGGAGAAAGAAGAAAGGCUAAGCUCGGAUAA